CAUUCCUAUUACCUUUCGAUGGACUAUCCACGACCAUGCGGCUGCAAGGGCCGUAGAACGUGCCUUAGCUGUGAGGCCGAAUUCGGUAUCGAGCGCAGUGAUUUCCACACCACAUUUCAGAACUCCGAUGCAUACGUGUUUUGUCCGCUGUGUAACAAAAUCUACCCAGGAUGGGAUUGGAAAAAAGUGAUUUCGGAACAUGCGGACACACCACAGCACGGUGGCAUACAGGGAGAAACCUAUCCCGGUGUGUACAUUGAGCUCGAUUUUCUGUCCACCGCAGAGGAAGUGGAUCUGCUGCACGGGCUCGACGAGUUGCCCUGGGACGUUUCGCAGAGCGGUCGACGAAAGCAAAACUUUGGACCGAAAACGAACUUUAAGAAAACGCGCCUAAGACUAGCUCAGUUUGCCGGCUUUCCCCGGGUGAGCGAAUUUGUUCAGUGUCGGUUUGAGCAGGUUCCGCUGUUGGCCACCUUUCAAACGAUUGAACAAUGCUCGUUGGAGUAUGCACCAGAGCGCGGUGCAUCGAUUGAUCCGCACAUAGACGAUUGUUGGAUCUGGGGGGAACGGAUCGUAACGGUGAACUUGCUGAGCGAUUCCGUGCUAACAAUGUCCCCGUAUCGGUCCAUCGAAGGGAAGACUAAGUAUAAUCUACACUUUUUGGAACAGUAUCGAAAAGAUCUUCUUGGGGAGUUAAUGGAUGAGAAAAUGAUGCUUCGCUUUGAGCACUGUAUCGUGCGGAUACCGAUGCCAAGGCGUUCCUUGUUAGUACUGUACGGAUCUCCACGUUACCAGUGGGAACAUUCAGUUUUACGGGAGGACAUAACGGAUCGCCGGGUAUGUCUGGCGUAUCGGGAAUUUACACCGAUGUAUCUGCAGGGUGGCAGCGAGUUCAGCCAGAGUGAAGGUAUCUUCGAGCGAGCGAAAGAGUUUUGGGACCAUCGGUCAGUGUCGGUGGAUAGCUAAUACUGAAAAGUCAAAUGCGGCAGACUGUUCCGAAGCAAU